AUGAAAGAUCACCCGCAGCAAAGCUCCUCCUCAGCAGGAGGUGCAGGAUCCUCAAGCUCAGCUGCGGUGGGACGAGCUGUCUCGCCGAUGGACAUCGACGAUCUGGAUGACUUCGACAUGUACGAAAGCGACGGCUUUGAGGUUAUAGUACCGGAAGAUUUGCCGCCUUUGAACCCUAGCAGGGAUGUACCAGACGCGCAGCCGCCUGAGUACACUCCCUUCUCUACGACACCAGGCUUGUCGCCAUCGAUGCCCACGCCAACAUCUACUAGCGUCCCGUCUCCCGAAUUGGUUCUUCGUCUCUCCGAAACCACAUCUCACCUCCAACAUCCACUGGUGCCAGCAUCACUUCCGUCGCCUCUCUCAGGUGGACUAGUGCGGUCCAAACCAUACGCACAGGUGGUGGGAUCCGGCUCUAAGAAUUCAAGUUCGUCAGGAGUAUAUACUCCGAAACUUUGCGUGAUCUGCAAAAUAAAAAAUGCGUAUUAUGACGGCACACGCAGCUUCCCCACCUGUGGAAAUAAAUGCGCGGCAAUGUUAGAAGCAGCGAAAGCGCGUGGAAGCAGUGAAUCAAGCUCAGGGUCAACGGGAGGCAUAAUGAGAGGCGAGAUGUCCAACCCCCAAGGCGCCAGUUCGAGCUCUGGGUCGAUUUCGCUCGGUCUGCCCUCGAUAGUAACUUCUUUAUGGUCCUCUGCGUCUGGCCCUGGGGAAUCACGUACCACGAGACAAAAUCAAAACCCUAUCAAGAUGUGCGAAGUAUGCCACGUCCGCCCAAAACAUCAACGAGGCGGUAAGAUUUACCCCACCUGCGGCCUUACAUGUGCUGCGAAGUUCAGCGCACCUGCAACUGAGAUGUGUGACUUCUGUCAAAAACGGCCUAAAGUUGUCAUAAACGGAAAAAUGUACCCUCAAUGCGGCAAGACAUGUCGAGACAGCGCAAAAGCUGCAAUGAGCGCAGCGAUCAACUCCGCGACUUGCACAUCCUGUAUCAUAUGCUGGAAAGCCACCAAAAUGGGAGACAUGUCCGAUUUCUGCUCGGACAUAUGUGAAGUGGCUGCUGAGAGCCGCGCGCCAUACCUCAUCGAACUUCCUCGCGGGCACGUCGCAUUCAAAAAAGUUGCCGAGCAUUAUACAGAGGCAUGGAAAGUCACCCCGAACUGCACGCCGCGCCGCAUUAAGCGGAUAUACAUGAUCAAAAUGAAAAAAUCCUCUCUGCAGAAUUACGAGCAAUACCGUUCCAACAUCCACUCCAGGCCUGGCUUUCGCAGCACCAUUAAACGGCAGGGUAAUGAGCAGCGCGGCUUCCUCGGGCUCACGCGCGAGUGUGGCUUCGGUGGGACAGGUAACAUGGAGCCGUGCUUUUCCAACGCGUGCCUACUAUGCUGCAUCGUGCGACAUACGAAUCUCGCACCAGAGAAGUUUCAGACGGGGAUCAUGACGACGGGGUUGGUAGCCAGAGCGACGGACAUGGCGACUGGCGCUAAGAAACGCUGCUCGAAUGUGAUACUCAUAGGCAAAAUUGUCCUCGGGAAAGUUGCAGAGCUUGACAUAGUACCGCCGCAUCCUGGGCCCGCCAACGCCGAUUCCGUGCAUAUUGUGGGGCAUACCAGGACCGGGUCAACGAUCGACUGGCAGGAAUAUGUUGUCUACGAUGUGCACGCCCUCCAGCCACAGUAUCUCAUCAGCUUUGAGUGA